UUCUUAUGUUGAAAGAUAUUACUUUUUAAAGAUGCGAAAAACUGUUGGUAUGCGCAGCGACGUAAUGGAAGGCAUUGUCCAGGAAUUUUUGUCAAAGUGGGUACCUGAAGAAGACCAAAGAAAUGGCAAAGAUGAUUCCAUAACCGACAAAUGUGAAUCGAAUAAGGUCUGUGAAGAGGGUGAGAUAUGUAACAGUGUAGAUAUCAUUAAUUUCCCUAGCACACAAGGAGAUAGCAAAAAUGAUGGCACAAUAUCUUGCACUGCCAUAGGCGUUACAAAGACUAGCAUACAGAAAAUAACUGACACUGAAGAUCACAUUAGUGGGAACGGCGAAAUAUCUAAGGAAUCAUGCAAAAGUGAUAUUGGCACUGAUUCUAAUAAAAUUAUUAGUAGUUACAUAAUGGAUUUAAAAAGUAAUGAUGAAUGUUUGAAACAGUUUCAAAAGUAUGUUACUGCGUGCACAAACGCUUGCUGGAAAGCAGUAAUAAGUUACCCACCUGUACAUCUGCAGUUCAAUUUAACUGGUAAAAACUUCAAAGAUGUCGACGAAAAGUAUGGACUUAAAAAAUACACUUUAAAUAUGCCUUAUCGAGACACGAGCAAGAUACAUGAUGAAAUUGCUUUGGUUGUGUGGCCACCUUCUAUAACCUAUGAAUAUGGCGGCCAUGAAGAAAAUGUUUUGGCGACCAAAAAUGCUCGAGUCGUCGUCAACUUUUUAGAUGAGUGCUAAAAUCAUGUGAACGUAGCAAAACCAAUGUAUUCGUUUGUGUUAUAUUUAGAAUAUUCUUUAUGGAUGACAACUUAGUUUUUUAGCUAUAUGUCUAAUGAAUAGGACAUAAUACGUGCCUUUUUUAUCAUGUUGCGUCAAAUGACAAGAAACGAUGACAACACAUAAGCAAAUUACAUGCGUUUCUUUGAGAUCGAAUUGUCACUUUUAUCUUUGUCUAUUGCCCUGAAAUAGCUGAAUGUGCUGUAAAAGAGUAUUGUAUUUUGUAGCCAAAUCGUAUAUUCUUACAUCCAACAUAUGCUUAACAAGAUACUGUCUGUUUAUUAACAAAAUCAGCUCGUCUCAGUACAUAUUUGAAAACUGUUAUUUGAAAUUGAAAUGCUGGUUCGGCUAAUUUAAUUGUAACGAGUAUGGAUUUCAAAUCGUGCACGUGUAUGCCAAUGAGUAAAAGUCACUAUAGGCUGCUGUAAAAGUUUUAAUAGUUUUAUAGUUUCGUGCUACACGUAAACCUGUCGGAGCCGCGUACUAAAAUUGACAACGUCAUUGAACCAGAUAAUAGACAUUUGCCAGAGUUAAGAAUAAGUGGACUGUGGUUGCCUAGGACGAUCGAUAUUUCAAGGGGAACAUCUCAAAAUAAUUCAAAUAUAUUACAUGCGGUAGGAAAACAUGCCUAUAAUGAUGAUAAGAUUAGGUUUAUUGUGCCACUACUUUGCUUCAGGGGAUAUAGAUUUUGUUUUGUCUGUACGUCUGAGAAAAUUGCAUUACACAUGACGCCAGAAGUAUUUGACUUACCAUUAUUGCACUUUACUGAAAUCUUUUUCAACAUUUAUUUAGAAGUUGUGCAUCUGAGACAAAGUGGUCGAGGUAUGGUGGCUGAUUUCUGCCAUUUCGUGUGUUCGUGUCGGCGAGGCGAAAUUGCGAAGUAACGAAAACACGAAAGGUCGAAAUAAUGCUUAUUUGUCGUGUGUUCGCCUUUCGACUUCCGAGGCGAAUACACGAAGUAACGAAAAUUUCAGAGGCGAAUACACGAACUUUUGUAUUAAUCACUUUUCUUAUCUGCGGGUAUUAAAACUUCGUUAUUUCGCCUUCAAUGUUUCGUUACUUCGUGUAUUCGCCUCGGAAGGCGAAAGGCGAACACAGGAAAAUUGAGCUAUUUUCGACCUUUCGUUACUUUGACCCGCCGACACGAACACCAGACAAAUGUUUCGUGUAGGGUCUGCCUUAAUACAGUAUUAUAAUUGCGCAAAAUGGGGUGUAAUGUAUAUAUGAAUUUUAUUCCAGAACUGAAAUACUUGAAGAGUGACAUGUUUUAUUGCAUAUGAAACAUUUUCUAUCAUAAAUUGAGAAUUCUUUUUGUAUAAAUGGUAAAACACAUUAUCUAGAUAGCAUUCAAAGUUCAGUUCGGCGUAAUGAUAUGCCCCGUAAGACUGACAGAAGCUUAAUGUAUGUACCAAUUUAAUACUAUGGAUAAAAUAUCUACACAAUGACAUCUUUUAUGGAAUAUAAAUUAUUAUCUUUCGUUUUAGGACAAAUACUAGUUUAUAAAUGGUAAAACAGCAUAUUCAUUUCAGCAGCAUAUUUGUAAUUGUUAUGCGCAUGCCUACCGGAAGGCGAAUAUACGAAAGGACGAAAUUUCACAUUUGUCGUGUGUUCGUGUUGGCGGGUCGAAGUAACGAAAGGUCAAAAGGUCGAAAACUGCUUAUUUCUCGUGUAUUCGCCUCGAAUGUCGAAAGGCGAACACACGACAAGGAAGCAGUUUUCGACCUUUCGUGGUUUCGUGUCUUCGACAUUUCGACCCGUCGACACGAACAAAUAUGCAUUAUUUCGACCUUUCGUGUUUUCGUUACUUCAAUAUUUCGCCUCGCCGACACUAACACACGAAAUGACAGAAAUCAGCCACCAUAUCGAGGUGUGCUUGUGUGAUUGCCCUGUGUCCGUCGUCCAUUGUCGUCGUCUGACGUAAAUAAUUUCACUUUGAAAUCAGAUAUCAGAAUUUUGCAAAUAUUAUGAUGCCUAUUUUUCAAUUCCAGGACAUUGUAUACUGUAACAUAUCAUUUAAGAACAAAAAUGAAUAUAUUAUGUUUAGUAUCAAUUUUUUUAGUUAAAACAUGUACAUUUUGAAAAUCAUACUUUUAAUUUUGAGAUACUAUUUCAAUGUUUGAUUUAAUUUGUAUUUUUGAAUAUUCAUUUCCUUAAAAUCAUAAUCUGUGCACAUCUUACAUAUGUCAAGAAAGCUUAAGAUGUUUGCCUUAUAGCACUUUUGUCCAGUCUCUUUAAGAAGUUAUUAUUAUUAUUAUACCAGAUUUAUAUAGCGCCCUUUUCAUGAUAAACACGUUCAAACUUGUCAAUGAUAUUUAUCUGAAGAUCUUUAUUUAAUGGAUAUAGAUAUUUGUUUUAUCACCAAAGACUUCCAGGUUUUAUAUGUAAUCAGAUUAUUAAUUGUUUGAACAUUCUUUGUUAAGUCAAAUACUUAGAAGGUAUAUAAACCUGAUUUUCAAAAAUAAAGAGAUAUACUUUGUGUUAGAUAGGUAACAUUGACUUUGUGAACAAAUUAGGAACUCUCCGUGAUAAACUUUGUGUUAAUAAUUUUAAAGGAAACUUUGUGUUUUUACUUAAGUAACUUUGUGAAAGUGAAGAAACA